GUAGAAUAUGCUAAUAAAGAGUUAGUUGCAUAUUUCGAAUAUUCGUCGAUAGGGGAUGGUUUUCGGGAAUAGUCAGCCUAUUUUAAGGCUGAGUGCGCUCUGCCGUCCUGGUGUAUGUUUUCUGAGUAAAAGACGUCAGACUGCCCCGAUGGCGACUCAUGGCUGCACUGUUAUCAGAAGCAAGUCUACCAUUCUAGCAAAUUAUGACCGGCCGAUUUUAAGUUUCAAGCGAUAUAUGUCUUAUCCGCCUCACCUAGUGGUCAAACUGCCAAACUUGUCUCCUACUAUGGAAACUGGAACGGUUAUAAGCUGGGCAAAGAACGAAGGUGAUGAGGUUACAGAAGGAGAUUUACUUGCGGAAAUUGAGACAGACAAAGCAACCAUGUCAUUCGAUGCCAGUGAGUCUGGAUAUCUUGCAAAGAUUUUAGCUCCUGCUGGAAGUAAAGAUAUACCUGUCGGGACAAAACUGUGUAUUAUAGUUCAGGAAGAAGGUGCCGUCUCAGCUUUCAAGGAUUAUGUUGCUGAACCUCCAGACCAAGCUUCUGCUUCGAAAGCUAAAGAAGGCAUUGAUUCUUCUUCCUCUCCUCCUCAACAACAGCAACCUGUUGUCACACCUAUACCUGCUGUUUCCACUCCUACAACAACAAAAACGUCAGGAGGACGAGUCGUUGCCUCUCCUUAUGCUCGUCUUCUAGCUGCUGAAAAAGGAAUUGACUUGUCACGUGUAACUGGUACUGGAAUGAAUGGAAUGAUACGAUCAACCGACUUGAGUACUGCGCCUACUACUGCUGCGUCAACUACAACGGCAGGUGGUCCAAUUGUGGCAGAUGGAAAAUUCGAAGAUAUCAGUAUCACGAAUAUGCGAUCGGUAAUUGCUAAACGGCUAACAGAAUCAAAGCGUACUAUUCCACACUAUUAUUUAACAAUGGAUAUUCAAUUAGAUGAAAUUCUAGAAAUGCGCUCUAAGAUCAAUGCGAAUUUGGCUAAACUUGGAGAUACUACAAAAUCUGAAGAAAUCAAAACAAAAAUUAGUCUAAAUGAUAUUAUCAUUAAGGCAGCGUCAUUAACAUGUCUAAAAGUACCGGAAUGUAAUUCAUCUUGGCAAGGUGAUUUUAUCCGACAGUAUCAUACUGUUGAUGUUAGUGUGGCUGUAGCUGUUCCCGCUGGACUUAUCACCCCGAUAAUAUUUUCUGCGGAUAAAAAGGGUCUAGUACAAAUCAACAAUGAAAUGAGAACGUUAGUUGCCAAAGCGAAACAGAAUAAAUUACAACCUCAAGAAUAUCAGGGUGGAACAUUUUCAAUUUCGAAUUUGGGCAUGUUUGGCAUUUCUAACUUCAGUGCUGUAAUCAACCCGCCUCAAGCAUGUAUUCUUGCGGUAGGCAGUACAAGGCCUCUUCUAUUGCCAGAUAGCAGCAAUUCUAGAGGAUUUAAACAAUCUAAUGUUCUAUCAGUAACACUCUGCUGUGAUCAUCGUGUUGUUGAUGGAGCUGUGGGUGCUACCUGGCUUAGUGAAUUCAAAAACAUCUUGGAGCAUCCUGCACUUAUGCUUAUAUAAUUGGUACUAUGUCAGUUUUCGUUUCGACCUCAGUUAUGAGUAUCUUCGUCGACACACACACACACACACACACAGAAAGUUAAAACACCCGACUGUCUGGGACAAACGAGGUCAAUAUACAAGAUCGUACUACAUUAAAUCAUACUAGUUAUUAUUAGAAUCUUUUCUUGUGCACACUUACUUAUCUAUUUGAAUGCUUUAGCGGAAAUAAACUUUUAGCCAAGCUGGAAAUUAACGACAAUAAAUGGAUAUUUAUGUGUGGCGGGAAGGUUAGAUGGAACUCUGAACGAAGUAUGCAUAUACAACGUCAACAUUGACUGAUCAAUCAAUACAUACACUUCUUUAGUGGUGUACUUCUCCAAUACAAGAGGAGCUUGGUGAAAUGUUCUAGCAUACUGUACCACAACUGUUUGUUAUGAUGAUGCUAUAGAAGAAGAGUUCGCCACCAUCCGUGAUGACCUGCUUAGUCGGAAUGGCUGGCUAUUCAGAAAAAGUUUGUAAAUAAGCAUAUAAAUUUAGUGUCAACGACAGUGUAAUGCAAGCAAUAACACUAACACUGUACCUGUCGCACAAAAAGUGGCUAUCGUUGCUCGGCGGUGUAGUUGAUAACUUUCUGGCGUUUGAAUCGAUCGCUUCCGAGUCCGAAUCCCAGUGGGAAUAAUAUCACUCACUGGAAGGCAGGUACAUUCAGCUGACGAGUUCCAAAUAGGAGGAAAUACCAAUUCUGGAUUCCACUGCCAGCCACUACUCAUCGUUAAUAUACAUAAGCAUAUGAAUGUCACAAAGGAAAUCUUUUUCAAGUUGGAAUUCAAGAGUCAUAUUUUUAGUAAUAUCAUCAUAUAACACACAAAAAAAAGCCUUCCCAGCCACUAAAUCACUAAGCUACUGCUUUACAAUACGUUCUAAUUUGUGAUUCAUGUAUUUGUAUAUAGCAAGACAAUAUUUUAUACCAGAUUCAUAUCUAGUAGAUGUUAUACACACAGGAGACGUAGCCACAGUUAUGAAUGCAUAGGCUGAAAAUAAGUAUCUUUAUUAUCAUGGUGUUUCACAUUUACUUUAUAACUAAUUUAGACUGAGAUUCGUUCCAUUUCCUUCUUCCUCUUCUUCUUCUCCUUUGCCUUCUUCUUCUUCUUUGCCUUCUUCUUCGUCGAAUUAUUAUUAUUAAAACGCAUAAGAAUGCGAAUAACUCGAUUUUAAUUAAACACUUUGGUUAAAAAUACUCACUGUUAUUGUAAUGUUUAUGCAUAUUUUUGUUCUUUUCUAGAAUAUCAGUCCAUGGUCACAUCAGCAAUACAUUCCUUAGAUUAGUAUAUCUAUUAUUAUACAUCGAGUAUAUACUCCUUUACAACAUUUUGAAUGGUAUUAUUAUAAAAUGUAAAGAAUAUAGAUCAGGAGAAUAUUUUACAUUGUU